UUGCCGUCUGUAACUUUAGUUUAGUUCAUAGUUUCGGUCAGCAAUAAUCUUUUUUUCGUUUUAUCGAAAAAUUUUAAAAUUCCUCUAUAGCUCAAAUUCAAAAUUUAGUAUGGACUCGUACAUCAUGUCCCGCAUUGAUGAUCACGAAAUUGAUUGUUAUCAUCAAUAUAUCGCACAAACAAAUUAUCGUUGUGAGCAGCCAGAGGAUGAAGCCCACAUGAUGAUGCUUGAGCCCCACGGACGUGUCGAUCGUCCUCACGACACUUACAAUCCCGUGGGCGUCUCCACGUACUCAAAUGCUCCGCAAUCCUUUGACGCAGUCGCUCCACAACGUGCCCCAGCUCGCAGUAAUCGACAACGGGCUUCUUCAGUUGGAACUAGAAAUCUAAAUGCACGAAAUGGACUCGGCUCUGCUACAGCAGCAACUCGAACUCAACCACCUCGCGCUGAUUGUGGCGACUAUUACAAUUCGCUGCCAGGUUUAGGCAAUUAUGAACAGCCUCGUCUGCAGCAGCAGCAGCAGCAUCCAAUGCGCAAUCGUUGGCUUUUCUAAAAAAGCGACAGAGUUGAUACAGAAUUCAGAACUCGCCGAGCUGAAGAGCAUCGACCUUAGGUGUAAUUUUAUUCCAGUUUGAUGACCACGUGAUGCUGCAGCGGCUUGGCAAUUGUUGAAUGUGUCGCACAAAAUGCGUUUGGAUUAUGUACUUUUUAUGAUUGUGGAUGGUUUUUAGUUUAUAUAAUAUCGUAGAAUUAAAAUCGUAUCAACCUAGAA